AUGUCUUGGGUUUUGUCUGAUAUGUGCAGGCCAGAUGGAACUCUCCACAAUGCUUCCCAGGAAGCAGUCUAUCAGUCUGCGGCUUUUGAGACCGUGGAAAGGUUCCUGGAAGGGUAUAACGGUUCGAUCCUGGCCUACGGCCAGACUGGAAGCGGCAAGACUUAUACGAUGUCCUCCGGUGAUCGCUCGUACUCUAACCGGGGGAUCAUCCCGAGGGCCAUAUCGCACAUCUUCAGAGCAGUACGGAACAAGCAACAGGCUCUGGCGACCCUUCGCGUCUCCUACUUUGAGAUCUACAACGAGCAAAUCUCGGACCUGCUCGGUAACGCACCCGCUGCUGACCUGGCAAUCUCGGAGAACGCCAAGGGACACGUGUCCGUCAAAGGCUUGACUGCUAUUCCUGUCGCAACCGAAGAAGACGCGCUGAGCCUGCUGUUCGAGGGCGAGACCAACCGGGCAAUCGCGGAGCACCAGCUGAACCGCAGCAGCAGCCGGUCGCACGCCGUCUUUUCGAUGUCGAUGGACCUGCGCGCCGGGGACGAGUCGAGCAGCAUCACGACGUCGAAGCUGAACCUGGUCGACCUGGCGGGGUCCGAGCGCCUCUCCAAAACCAAGUCGACCGGGGGUAUCGCCAAGGAGGCCACGUACAUCAACCGGUCACUUUCCUUCCUGGAGCAAGUGACCGGGGCGCUCGCGGAAAAAGGGCGCGACCACGUGCCCUACCGGAGCUCCAAGCUGACGCACGUGCUCAAAGACUGCCUGGGCGGGAACUGUCAGACCGUAAUGAUUGCCACUGUGUGGGGGGAGGCGGUUCAUCUGAGAGAGACGGUCUCGACGCUCAAGUUUGCCGCGCGGAUGGCGCGGGUGUCCAACGAAGUGUCCGUGAAUGUCCGGCAGGAUCCUGAGAGUCUCUUGAAGCGGUGCGAGGCCGAAGUGCGCGAGCUGCGCCAGGCGUUACUUUUGCGGUCGGGUGACGCCCCCUCGUCAGGUUGUGAAGCUCUGUCCCCCGGGCAGAGGGCGGCCGUGCGCGAGCACGUGCGCGCGUUUCUCGCGGGCGCGGCCGCGGAGCCGCCGGAGAUCACGAGCACGGCGCACCUGAGGGAGGUCCUUCUGCAGUGCCGGGUUAUGUACCAAGACGCAUAUAGCGCUCCGCCAACCGCGACUCUCUCUGCACGCACGGCCUCCUCUCCACCCAAUUCGUCCAAAACCUUCGACACACCAACUGCCGCUGUAAAAGCAACCCGCACUCCGCCAGAAACGUCAGGAAAGUCCGGGGUGUCAAUGUCUCGGCCACCGUCCAAGCCAGAAACGGCGACAGAGAAGACCGGGGCACCGCUUCUCAGGUCGCCCUUCCACCCGAUGCCUGCGAACAUUGUUCCAGUGGGAGACGAGGACUGCUCGGAUGCGGGGCUAGGGGUUGGGGUCGCGCCCGAAGACGCGCGGCCGCGCGAGGAUGGGGAGGGUUUAGCGGUUCCGGGCGCGGAAGCGUGCGCCGCAGAACGGAUGGGAGCUGGGGAGGAUAGAAGCGCUGCGUUUGAGACGUACAAGACGGGCGUGGGCGCAGCCCUACAGCGCGUGCUCGCGGAGAACAAGGGCGCUUUGCGUGAGCGCAAGGGCGCGGCCAAGGAUUUAGCGGCCAAAGUGAAUGAGUGCAAAAAGUGGAUCGACGAUCUGCGGGGGGAGGUGGAGGCGGUGAAUAACAAGAGGGGGGGGGUGAAUGAGGGGGAGAACGAGCCCCUGGUUCUGGAUGAAGAGGAGUUCCGGAGGGUAGUCGAGUUGAAAGAGCUGAAGAAGCAGUACCGUGCUCUCUUCGAGGAGCUCCAGUCCGCACGCGCGGAGGUGGCGUGCGCCCAGAAGCUAGUCGAGCGGAGCACGCAAGACCUGCUCUUGGGAUUUGAAGGGUGGUAUGCGGAAGAAGCGCCCGGUGCUAUGCCGCUCUUGGCGACCGCGACCGCGGCCGCGCGGUCGAACUUUGCCAACGCCCAAAAAGGCGAAGCCUAUUCUUGCACUGUGUCACCCGAGAGCAGCGGUUCUGGGACGGACAGCCAAGCAAGCGGAAGCGGAAGAAAGAGCAGUGACGUUGGGUCCGGGACACGGACAGCAGGAAGAAAGAGCAGUCAUUCUGGUACGGACAGCAACGGAAGCGGAAGGAAAGCAAGCAGCAGCAGCGCGAGCGAUGCGUCGGACCCGGACGAGGCCGCGUUUUUGCAUCUGCAAGAUCGGACGGCGGGGAAGCGGAGGAGCAGCCGAGUGUCCCCCGAUCGACGGAUCUCGUUUGGAAGUAAAGUGAGCGUGCCAGCGAGGUCAGGACCGCUGAUGGGCAGCAGUCAAUCGUAG